UCAUUCCGUCCUGCUUGGUGCGUCGCGAUUAGUUCGUUCGCCUCGUUUUCAAUCCCGAUCCGUUCAGUUGCUCUUCAGUCACCGUCGCGUUACAUACUUACGCGUUUCUCUGCAUUAUGUACCAGCAAACCAACAACACAUAACCCUUCCAAAAUGAAGCCUAAUCGGUUAUAACGUUUCGUUUACAAAUCCUAUUUUAUUAGAUCGAAUAUAUUAUAUUGUGAUAUUUAGUUAGUUUUAGUAUAUAUCGUUAUUAUUUAUACUGUUACAAUGAAUUAUUUAAAUUAGUAUUUCCCAAUUAACAAAUCAGUGCUCAAUAUAAUCUCAUUCCAAAACGCCCUGUAUAAUUGAAUAAAUUUGAGAAUUUUAUAAUAUAUUAAUUUGCAAUGACGGCGAAAACUCGUUCACAUUGGAAGGAAUAUGGAACAGCGCUCUGUGCAACGCUCAUCACAGCGACAGCUGGUACCUGCUACGGCUGGCCCUCACCAACACUACCUUACCUACAAUCUUCUAACAGCAGCAUACCAACUACACCUGGUCAGGGAUCAUGGAUAGUGUCCAUAAUGAUAUUAUCCUCCGCCCUCACACCUAUACCAUCAGCCUACCUCGCAGACAGAUUUGGAAGAAAAACUACAUUGCUCAUCGGAGCUGUGCCAUUUAUACUUGGUUGGCUGCUCAUCAUCUUCGCCAAAUCCGUUGCUGUCCUCUACGUAUCUAGAAUGUUCUCUGGACUCGGAUACGGCAUUGUAUAUACUGUAGCGCCUAUGUAUACAGGAGAGAUUGCUACAAAUGAAGUUCGAGGAGCUCUCUCUACACUCAUUACGCUUAUGAAUAAAGUCGGUAUUCUUGCCCAAUACUGCAUCGGACCUUUUGUAUCGAUGCGAACCUUAGCUGCUAUCAACUUGACCCUGCCGAUCACUUUUGUUUUGUCUUUUAUCUUCCUUCCGGAGUCCCCUUAUUAUUACCUGAAGUUUGAACGCAGUGAAAGGGCAGAACGAUCCCUUAGAAAUCUACGCUCGGGUGACAUAAGAACAGAACUCAAAAAUAUAGAAAUCAAUGUUCAAGAAGACAUGAAAAACCGGGGGACCUGGAGUGAUUUAAUAACUGAAGCUACUAACAGAAAAGCCCUAUGGAUAUGUUUAGGAAUAUUUACAAUUCAACAGCUGUGUGGUAGCGCUGCAGUCGUUGCAUACGCCGAAGUCAUUUUUAACUGUACUACACAAGGUGCCGUUGCGUCCACUAAUGCUUCAGGACUAAAUGAAACCGCUUCAAAUGUUGGCACUUCCAUUAAGCCAUACCAAGAAUCUAUUAUUCUUGGAUGUGUUCAAGUCGCUACUUGUGUGCUCUCCGUAAUUCUUGUGGACCGAGUUGGAAGAAAACCUCUACUACUGUUAUCAGCACUUGGAGUUGGUCUAAUGAAUGGUACUAUUGGCACGUACUUCUUCUUUGACAUUACAAAGAAAGGUUCUGUAGAUUUCCUAAACUGGCUUCCUCUGUGUGCGCUGCUCAUCUAUAUAGUAUGUUAUGCUAUCGGCCUCUCUACAGUGCCUUACGUCAUAAUUGGAGAGAUGUUCCCUACGAAUGUCAAACUCUACGCCUCAUGUGUUGCCCACAUCUACACCGGCAUCGCUAUGUUUACAGUUCAAAAACUGUUCCAGGUGGUAAAAGACGCUUACGAAAUCUAUACAGUAUUCUGGGGAUUCGCGGCAUUCUCUUUCCUUGGUCUGGUGUUCACGCUAGUAGUGCUAGCCGAGACGAAGGGAAAAUCGUUCUCUGGCAUCCAAGAACAAUUACGAAGAGAAGUAGAAAGAGGCAGCGCUAUCCAAGUCGCGACAGCUGAAUACUGAACCGUAACCGUGCCACCCAUGCAGGGCUGAUUUCUCAUUCUUAUUUCUAAGCUUAACUUUAAGGGAUCAAGUUGAAAAUAAAACUUAUAUUGAAUAUUGUUACUUAAAUUAUAAUGAUAGUUAGACAUACAGUUUUAUAUAUACAAGUAUUGUAUGUACAGCUAGAUUAAUUUAACAAUCUGUACAUAAGUAGGGAGGGAAGAAGAGUGGGGGCCAGGAUGGAAGCUGAUGAAAAUGCGGUGAAGUCUUGUGAGUCGAAGUCGGCCGGCAACUUCCUGGACGCCACCACGCUUGUAUACAGCUUUGCCGACUGCUUUGGUGUUCUUGUUUUAUUAGGGCUUUCAAAAUCAACCAGAUACAGACCGAAGCGGGACCUGUAAUUGCAUUUACAAAACACAUCACGAGUGAAUUAAACCGUUUGACUGAC